UACACCCAACUAACGACUUUAGUUCAAACCCUCGUCAGAGAGAAAAGCAUCUUUCUUCUCCGGAGCGCUCCGCACUGAUGCUAAAAUUACCGGCGUUACUUUCUUCUCGUUAUUCCUUCACCACCUCAUUUCUCUAUUCACGCACGUCGACGCGCCGCCACUUCCGCCGUCGUUUCAAGCCGCCGCUCUCACCAGGUGUCGCUUUACCCAGAGCCUCCUCAUUCUUCACUCACAACUCAGAUCAGGCUGAAAUGGAGUCGGAGAGUUAUGCGUUUGGACCUUACAAAAUUAACCCCAGUGAAGUGUUCUACUCUACUCAACUUUCCUAUGCUUUGGUCAAUUUGCGCCCUCUUCUUCCUGGUCAUGUGCUUGUCUGUCCAAGACGUGGUGUUAAGCGUUUCAUUGAUCUUACAACGGAUGAGACUAGUGACCUAUGGCUUACGGCUCAGAAAAUCGGGCGCCAGCUGGAGACCUAUCAUAAAGCAUCUUCACUCACAUUUGCAAUCCAAGAUGGUCCGCAGGCUGGACAGACUGUUCCUCAUGUUCAUAUUCACAUACUCCCACGCAAAGGUGGUGAUUUUGAGAAAAAUGACGAGAUUUAUGAUGCUAUUGAUGUGAAGGAGAAGGAAUUGCAGCAGAAGCUUGACUUGGACAAAGAGAGAAACGACAGAAGCGGAGAAGAGAUGGCUGAAGAGGCAGACCAAUACAGAAAGCUUUUCGUGUAGAAAACUACUACUGGAUUUGUGGUACUACAUUUUGCUUUUUCAAUUGCUAAAUCCUGUUGCUGAACAAGAGCCAUUUUUAUGGAUCAAUGGCAUAAUUCUUCGUUUUUUCGUAUGCAAAAUAGAAUUUAUGUACUCUUUGACAUUAGAUUCGGAGAACCAUGAUGGAAGCUCACAAUAUUAUGUUCGGAUA